AUGCACCUAUCCGCUGUAACACUGAGUGCUAUUUUAUUAAACUUUACUUCUUCUAUCCAAGGAUAUAACAUUUUAGCUGUCUUGCCUUAUCCAGGAAGAAGCCACCAUGUGGCAUUCGAACCCUUACUUAAGGAACUAGCCAGGCGGGGACACAACGUGACUCUGAUCUCCUACUACCCUCAAGAGAAACCAGUUAAGAACUUUCACGACAUUUCCCUUUCCUCAGAUCACUCUUUCCAAAACUGGGUAUCUGCAAGAAGUCCAUCAUAUUGGACUGUAUUUAUAUCAGGAGUGGGUUUAAUAUACACCGGAGCAAGCUCUUGUUCAUCCCUCCUCGCUAAUAAAGGCGUUCAAAACCUUUGGAAGAGCCAGGCGAAAUUCGAUGUUGUAGUGGCUGAACAGUUUAAUAGUGACUGUCCUUUGGGAUUAGCUUAUCAACUAAAAGCACCAGUGGUUGGAGUCACGGCCAACUCGCUAAUGCCCCAGCAUUACAAACGUUACGGUGUACCAGACAAUCCUUCAUACACUCGGAACCAGAUUUUGGGAGGUAGAAUAAAAGGAACCUUAUACGAAAGAGUUGAAAGGACCUUAGUGGGUUUCUACAUAAACUAUUUCGUAGAUUUUGCUUGCCAGGUCUUAGAUGGGUAUAUUCUUCGGCAAUAUUUUCCCUCUAUCCCUCCUGUAAAAGAAUUAGAGAAGAAUAUCAAGUUUCUUCUACUAUAUCAGCAUUUUACUUUAAACAGUGCCUUACUUUUGCCUUCCAAUGUAAUAGAAGUAGCAGGAUAUCAUGUGGUGGAAACGAAAGCUUUGCCAAAAAAGUUGAAAAAGUUUAUGGAUGAAUCUAAGCAUGGUGUAAUCUACAUAAGUUUUGGUUCGAUGAUAAAAGCUAACUCGAUUCCUAGUUAUAAACUACAAGCAAUCAUAGAUGUGCUCGAAGAACUCCCACAAAAUGUUAUAUGGAAGUGGGACGAUGAUAAGUUGCCCUUUAAAUUGGAUAAAAUGUAUUCUGAACAUUAUUGGUUACCCCAAAAUGAUAUAAUGGGCCACCCAAAUUUAGUGGCUUUCUUUUCUCAUUGCGGUCACGUGGGUUUGACCGAAGCAAUCCACCAUGGUGUACCAGUAGUGGGAAUGCCCAUGUUCGGAGAUCAGAUAUCCAAUGCUGCAGCAGUUGCGGAAAGCGGUUUGGGGGUUCAAAUCACACUUGAUGAACUAACAAGGGAGAAGCUAAAAGAGAAAUUUAAAACUAUUUUGGAUCCAAUGUAA